GCAGCUCACUUCUGUAUAUACAUGCUCAAUUUUAUUUACGCACAUAUCCUCAUUUUUAUACAAUUUAAUUAUCAUUUUUCUUUCUUUCUUUUUUUAUUUUUCUAAAAUUUGGUUUUACACCCGCCGGUGCCGGCAGCCAGAGCUCCAUUUUACUCAUACAAAAACAGAUUUAUUAGCAUUGCGGCGAAAAGCUCCCCGGGAAUAUCCAAUUCUUUGUUUUCUUUCUAGGCAAUUCAUGGCCAAGGGUCGGAAACUGAUCACCAGCCGCAGCGAAAGCUUUUUAGGAAGUUUCGGCGGCCACACGGCGGCGAAUUCUUCAUCCGAGCUGAAAGAAGAAGACGUCUGGUCGGUCGCGGAUGACACCGUCAACGGCGAUGAUUUCUCAGCAGACGGAGACUGGGGCGCACGCGCUUCCGCUCAUCGCAAUAGGAGCUUCGGCGGUUACAAGGCCUCGCCGCGGUACCAAGCCGGCGGCUUGUCAUUAGCUUUCGACGACCCCACAAGCGCCGCGUCGCAGAGGAUCAUCCACCAGUUCCACCUGCAGGAGGGAUCGCCACGUGGCCGCAAUAUGGCCACGUCAGCACCCGUUAACGUGCCCGAUUGGUCUAAGAUAUACCGGGUCGACUCGGUGGAGUCCUUGCAUGACUCGGAUGACGGCUUGGAUGACGCCGAGCUGGUUCCCCCGCACGAGUAUCUGGCGCGUGAGUACACACGCAACCGGAACUCGGUGUUUGAGGGAGUGGGGAGAACGCUCAAGGGGCGCGAUAUGAGCCGAGUCCGAGAUGCGGUGUGGAGCCAGACCGGGUUCGAUGGCUGAUUAUGAUAUUUCUAUUCAUAUCGUCACUAGUUAAUUAUUGUUUUUUAUUUUUUUGCUUUAUGAUAAUUUGGAUUUUUGUGAAUGGGAAAUGAGUCAGAGUUAAGUUGGAGGCCAUUGGGCGGGCCCUAAUCAAAAAAUUAGAUUGGUUUGUGUGUUUUUUUGGUUUAAUCCUCUCAUAUGUAUUGCACUUCUAUGUAUUGCUAUUUAAAUAUGUGGUCAUUAGUUUUAUCAAAGUGUAUUUUAUCUUGAA